AUGAAUGGUCACCACCGUACCGAGUCUGAUGAUCUUCCCUAUGCACCACGCUCGACUCUCUUCUCGCGAGAGUGGGACUUGUCGACCGACGAACACUAUCCCCACAUCACCAAUCCCGAACUUAGGAAACGUCUAAAUGCUUUGCACGAGCUUUGCAGCUUCUUGCCCGAACACCCUUACAACAUUGAUCUCUACCUGCGCAUCGCAAAGGCUUAUGUCGAGGUCGGAUACCCUGAUCUUGCUAUCGGUUCGGCAUACAAGGCUCUCCUGCUCAUCGAUGCCAUCAACAACGAGGAUGAGUUUUGCGACGAGGCUAUCGAGUCGCUGGCUUUGAGCAUCUCGAAAGAGUCGUUGGAAUACAGACACCAGAACAUCCUCGAGAAUGCCGAGAUCCUGGCUCAUCUCUACCCUGAGUUCAUGCUGAGAAACAAGCAUCAGCUUGUAGACGUCGAUGUAUCGGACAUCGAGGUUUUGGUCUGGACCAAGGGACUCUUUUCUUUCCAAGUCUAUGCAUUGCUUGCUCAGUGUCUCCACGUGAUUGGUUGCCAGAGAAGUGCCGCCGAGUACUGCUUCAAGGCUCAAGACCUCUUUGGAGAAGACCCUACGAUCGAAGCGACCCUGGACGUUAUCCACGCCGCGAUUGACGAUUGGCUCCGCGACACCCAGCCAGACGAGUACAACAAGCCCGGCUUCAAGUUCGGACUCGACCAGUUCCCUGACGAAGGCAUGGUGCGUAGAGAGUGCUAUCCCUGGAACGAACACGAGCCCGAUCGCUGCUCCGACGAGAGCUUAGAGUUCCUGAACGCAGAGAUGGAGAAAGUUGCACCGAGACUCGAGGUCAAGGCUACAAAGCUGCCACUUCUGACCGAGGGCGAUGGCGCGGAGAAGUUCGUCACACAAUUGGGUGUCUUUGCAAAGGAAGAUAUUGCACCUGGAGAGAUCGCCUUGUCGGAGACAUCGCUUCUUACCGCCAACAACCGUCUCCAGGACGCGCUGUGCGAUGCGUGCAGUGCCGACCUCCCUGAGCUCAGCGACCCAGCUUCGGCGGACGUUGUGGCCUGUACGGAUUGCGAGGUCGUUUUCUGCAGUGAAAAGUGCAGCGACCUCGCUCAAGAGGAGUACCAUCCUGCCGUCUGUGACCGUGGUGUCGAGGACAUCGCAAAGGACGUCCCACCCGCCGAAGCCGCCAACGCUCUAUACUCUCUCCUGCUGCUCAGAUCCCUAGCCAUGGCCGAGACCCAAGAGAUCCACCCCCUGGACAUCAAGUACGUCAAAUUUAUUUGGGGCGACUACCACACCCUCGACCUCUCCAAGCACUGGCGCCCCCACGAUCGCCAUAGCACCGAGUCACCCUUCCCACGCACCCUACCCUUCAGCUUCCAAGCCAACGUUGUGCUCCCCUUCAACAUGCUCGAAAAAAUGGACGUCGACAUUUUCAAAAACCCUCAAUACGAUGUCUGGGUCUUCAAUACCUUGUACGCAAAGUUCAGGGGCACUGCUUCUGCUCGCUUGAGUGGUUCUGGCGGCGGCGUGGCUCGUGGCCCUGAGGUCAGUGCUGUGCACCCUAUGUGGUGUCUUGCAAACCACAGCUGCAAUCCCAACGUUACGUGGCGCUGGUCCAGCGACGUGCGUUUCCGCGUGCUCGAAGAUCGACCAGUUUGGCAUGGUAGCGAGGUGCGUGGAGGUAUCAAGUACAAGGCUGGACUCAAGAAAGGUGAAGAGGUACUCAGCCACUAUUGCGACAUCGAGUUGCCAGUCAAAGAUCGUCGCGAGUGGGCUGCUGGUGCUUUGGGAGGUAACUGCUGUUGCGAGAGAUGUCUGUGGGAAGCGUGUUUUGAGGAUAUGAAACAGAUUAAUCGCGAGGCUGACAAGGUCCGCGGGUGA